UGCCAGGGUUGGAUGCGCCGCUGAACGGAUGGUAGAGGGUGGCGAGCGGAUUUCUGAGUAACGCCGGCCAGCUAUUUGAGUGUCGUCUGUUGCCACCCAUCAAUGUCAAGAUGACUAAGCUUGGAUUUUUGAGGUUGUCCUAUGAGAAGCAGGACACACUUCUGAAACUUCUCAUUCUGUCAAUGGCUGCUGUAUUAUCUUUCUCCACUCGUCUCUUUGCUGUCCUGAGAUUUGAAAGUGUUAUCCACGAGUUUGAUCCGUACUUUAAUUAUCGGACUACACGGUUCCUGGCAGAGGAGGGGUUUUAUAAAUUCCAUAACUGGUUUGAUGACCGGGCCUGGUACCCCUUGGGACGAAUCAUUGGAGGAACAAUAUACCCAGGCUUAAUGAUCACCUCAGCUGCAAUCUACCAUGUACUCCAUUUUUUCCACAUCACCAUCGACAUUCGGAAUGUCUGUGUGUUCCUGGCCCCUCUCUUCUCCUCCUUCACCACCAUCGUCACGUAUCACCUUACUAAAGAGCUCAAGGAUGCAGGGGCUGGGCUUCUUGCUGCUGCAAUGAUUGCUGUAGUUCCUGGGUAUAUCUCUCGAUCUGUGGCUGGUUCCUAUGAUAAUGAAGGGAUUGCCAUCUUUUGCAUGUUACUCACCUACUACAUGUGGAUCAAGGCAGUAAAGACUGGUUCCAUCUAUUGGGCAGCCAAGUGUGCCCUUGCUUAUUUCUACAUGGUCUCUUCAUGGGGAGGUUAUGUGUUCCUGAUCAACUUGAUCCCUCUCCAUGUCCUGGUGCUGAUGCUCACAGGCCGUUUCUCUCAUCGGAUCUAUGUGGCCUACUGUACAGUUUACUGCCUGGGUACCAUUCUUUCCAUGCAGAUCUCCUUUGUGGGUUUCCAGCCUGUCCUUUCAUCAGAGCACAUGGCAGCUUUUGGGGUCUUUGGUCUGUGCCAGAUCCAUGCCUUUGUGGAUUACCUACGCAGCAAGUUAAAUCCACAGCAAUUUGAAGUUCUUUUCCGGAGUGUCAUCUCCCUAGUAGGUUUUGUCCUUCUCACCGUGGGAGCUCUCCUCAUGCUGACAGGAAAAAUAUCUCCCUGGACGGGGCGUUUCUACUCACUGCUGGAUCCUUCUUAUGCUAAGAACAACAUCCCCAUCAUUGCUUCUGUGUCCGAGCAUCAGCCCACAACCUGGUCUUCAUACUAUUUUGACCUGCAGCUCCUCGUCUUCAUGUUUCCAGUUGGCCUCUACUACUGCUUUAGUAACCUAUCUGAUGCCCGGAUUUUUAUCAUCAUGUAUGGUGUGACCAGCAUGUACUUUUCAGCUGUAAUGGUGCGUCUAAUGCUAGUGUUGGCACCCGUUAUGUGCAUUCUUUCCGGCAUUGGCGUCUCCCAGGUGUUGUCUACAUAUAUGAAGAAUCUGGACAUAAGUCGUCCAGACAAGAAGAGCAAGAAGCAACAGGAUUCUACCUACCCUAUUAAGAAUGAAGUGGCAAGUGGGAUGAUAUUGGUCAUGGCUUUCUUUCUCAUCACCUACACCUUUCAUUCAACCUGGGUGACCAGUGAGGCCUACUCUUCUCCCUCUAUCGUGCUGUCUGCCCGGGGUGGGGAUGGCAGUAGGAUCAUUUUUGAUGACUUUCGAGAAGCAUAUUAUUGGCUUCGUCACAAUACUCCAGAGGAUGCAAAAGUCAUGUCAUGGUGGGAUUAUGGUUACCAGAUUACAGCUAUGGCGAAUCGGACAAUUUUAGUGGACAAUAACACAUGGAAUAAUACCCAUAUUUCUCGAGUAGGGCAGGCAAUGGCAUCUACAGAAGAAAAAGCCUAUGAGAUCAUGAGGGAGCUUGAUGUCAGCUAUGUGCUGGUUAUUUUUGGAGGCCUCACUGGAUAUUCCUCUGAUGAUAUCAACAAGUUUCUUUGGAUGGUCCGGAUUGGAGGGAGCACAGACACAGGCAAACAUAUUAAGGAGAAUGACUAUUAUACUUCAACUGGGGAAUUCCGAGUGGACCGUGAGGGUUCUCCAGUGCUGCUCAACUGUCUUAUGUACAAGAUGUGUUACUACCGCUUUGGACAGGUCUAUACAGAAGCCAAGCGUCCACCAGGCUUUGACCGUGUCCGAAAUGCUGAGAUUGGGAAUAAAGACUUUGAGCUUGAUGUCCUGGAGGAAGCGUAUACCACAGAACAUUGGCUCGUCAGAAUAUACAAGGUAAAGGACCUGGAUAAUCGAGGCUUGUCAAGGACAUAAAUGUCACAUCCGGCUCUGAUAUGCCUUGCACCGAGCACGUCAUAUUUAGGACGCUGAAGACUUUUUUUUUUUAUAAGCAGUUUAUAAGAACAGAGCUGGAUGGCUUUAGAAUUGUCUGGAAGUUUUGCCCUGGGCAAUAUGGGCUGGGCCAAAUGGAAUGAUUUUUAUAAUUCUGAGCAGGUUACCAAAUGGAAUGUCAUGGCUUUACUUUGGUUAAUUAAAGGGGGGAAUUUUUUUUUUAAAUGUGCCUUACUUGUUUUGACUUACAGUUGAUUUGAGGAAGGCAAAAAGUUUAUGCUGGGCUGAUAGGACAGAUAACAGACCUCAUCCAUGCUUUUGGUUUAAAUGAGCCAAUUAGGGACAUUCUUUGUCUUUCAAAUUAGGAAUACUGUCAAGGACUAGUUCAAACUGUAUAUAUACAGACAAUUUUGUCAUACUUUUUGCAUUGCAGCACUUAGUACAAUGCCUUGCACAUAGUGGCUGCUCAGUUAAUUUUUAUCAAAUGAAAACAUGUUUGUGGGACCAGAGGAAAGCCAUUUCUGGGCAGGAAAGGCAGUUUUGUUGCUGUUAUGUCUUGUUCUUAGAAGCUUUUUGACUUUAUAAGGGACAGAAGGUGGCAAGCCAAACCUGAUCUCAGCAGUACUCUUUGAUACUAACCAGGGUCCCCCCCACAGUGGCAGGGGAGGGAAGCAAGAAUAAAUCAAGUGUGACUAAAUUAGCAGAUCUGAAGACUCAAGACAAAGAGCGAAGUUAUUGUUUUAUCAAUGGAGAGGAAGAAACUCCUCUAGCAUUAUGUAUAGAGCUUGAUAGUCACUAGAUGUUUUUGAAUUAGCUUAAAUACUGGUAUAAUCAUACAUAUCUAUUUGAAAUUUAGCUUUUCAGUAUUCUCAUUUAUCCAUGACACAGUAAAUGGCUCUUUGCUCAUUUCUAAAGA